GCAAUGCUUUACCGUGUGUGUGUGUGCGCCUGUGAGAGAGAAAGAGAGACAGUUUCGUUCGUUUGUGUGAGUGUGUGAGAGAGACAGUCAGGGGCGGUGAGGAGCUCCAGACCGGCGCAGAGAGGAGAGAGGGUUGUGCCCCGCCCCUCUCGGACACGUUGCCCAGGGAGAGGCUGCACGGGCUGCAUGGGACUCCUGCACGCCCGCCCGCCCGCCUUCUAUGGAACAUACACGUUUUCGGCGUCCCGAAGCCUACCUUCCUGCGUCUGCUGGUUUCAUGGUUUCACUCCAUCAGCAGUGAGCUCGGCCCGUCAGCGCGUUCACACACGCACUGUCCGCCCGCUGCAUGUCCCCAACGCACCGAGCCGGACGGGAAACACACGCGGUUCACUUCUGGUCCGUGAUGCUCUCUGCUGGCUGAGAGUCCAGCUCCCAACAUGUCGACCUCUGACUCGGAUUACUCCAUUGACUGGCUCGCCAGCGAUGAGGAUGACUACGACAGCCCAAAGAGAUUAAGUCCUCAGCGUGCAGAGGAGAUGCCAUUGCCGCCGUCAUCCACCUCAUCCUUAAGAGAGUCUCCUAAAACCUGCUCCCACUCCCAGCAGAGGAGGAGGAGGGACUACUGUGACCGUAAAGAUGAAGGCCGCUGUGGGGUCGCUGCCGACUCUCCAGCGGUCACUCCGGUUCAGGGAUUCACGUCUGUUUGUGAGCAGCUUUCUGUGGAGUCCACGCCUCCGUCGACCAGGAAAAGAGCACACAGCGCUGGUUCAGACGGACUCUGUGAAAAGACUCAGCCAGACGCUGGAAAUGAACUAUUUUCGCAGAAGUGCGUGGAGCUGCGCUGCUACAUCCAGCCUCUGUCGGCCAUCCUGCGGGGCCUACGAGCAGGCAGGUACUCUGAACACGGCCCUAAGCACUCGUCUCACAGCAGCAACAACAACAGCAGAGAGCAGAAGCCAGCAGGUCUCAGCAGUUUCCAGGAGAGCGUCGCAACGGACCGCAUUCAGAGAAUUAUGGGGGUCCUUCAGAAUCCAAACACGGGUGGACGUUUCCUCAGCAUUAUACUGAAGAUAGAAGAAAUGCUUCAGAGUUGGUUCCCUCACAUCAGACCAGUCCUGACGCGGACAGACGACUGCACUCCGGCUAAGAAGCAAAGGCUUCAUGCCUCCCCUCCUCCAUCCUCUCCGGCGUCGCUCUGCUCCUCAGACUCCUCCCCCCACCUCAAGCGUCUCCACGCGUCGGCCACCUGCUCCCUGAAGACGCCUGAACCGCCGCUCGGCCAGCGCGCCGCCUCCGCGCCCCGUCUGCCCGCGCGCUGCAGCCACAGCCAGAGCCAGGAGGUGACCCAGGACAACGCCGUCUCCUCCAGCACCGACUCGCACCCGGGGCCCCGGCGCCGCCCGGGUGCCGGCGCCCGCCUCAGCCGGGGGGCGCCGCCCUUCAAGAUCAGCUCGCCGUGUCUGGAACGACUCCUGCGGGCGCAGGAGAGCAUCGUCGCUCCCAGGACUGUGGCAGAUGGAGGCUGGCUGUCUUGAGAGAGAGAGAGCGAGAGAUUCAUGUGCUGUGGUGAAAAUCAGAGGCUGACCCGGGUGAGACAGGAUCUCAUCGUGGUUUCCACAGACGAUUCAAGGCCUUAAAAAAAGCAUGUUUCAAAGUCUUCUACAUCUUUUUUUUUAUUUAUUUUUUUAUCUACAGCUGAUGUGCAGUUUGCUCGGACGUCAGGAACUCCAGCGGAAAGAGUCCGACGUGACAGGGCCUGUUAAAUGGGUUUCGUGCUUCUUGCGGUCGGGGGCGUGCAGACGACCCGUCUGGUCGUUCAUACUGACGUCAGAAGCGGCUGCUCCCAGAACGCACUUCUUCUGUCAGUCUCUUUUUUUUUUUUUUUUCAUUUAAGAUUUUUUUUGGGGCAAUUUUAGGCCUUUAUUGACAGGACAGCUGAAGAAAUGAAAGGGGAGAGAGGGAUGACAUGCAGUAAAGGGCCGCAGGGUGGAGUCGAACCCAGGCCGGAUGCGUCGAGGAGCGAAACUCCACACAUGGGCGCCCGCUCCACCAACUGAGCCAUCCGGGCGCCCGUUGUCACAAGAUCUUGGCGAUGAUCGGCGCUCCGACCCUCCACGCCCAGUGGCCACGUGGCCCCGACCGCGCUGCCCGCAAGAAGCAUGAAACCCGUUUUAGAAAGUUGACUUUUAGGACUCUUCAAAGACAGCCGUCUGUGUGAGGACACACUGGAGCUCUGUGUUUUAGUUUUCACUAAUAUUUGAGGUUUUUUUUAAAUCUUCUGAUGAGUUUGUCGGAACAAUGUCGGCAGAUUGUUACUGAGUGAACAAAUGAAGCAGGAAUCCUGAGCUCUGGGGGUUCUUCUGAAAACAUGGAUCGAAAUAUUAAUGAAGGCGCAUUACAUCUGGAGACUUGGGAUUUUGAAUACUUUGUUACCUUGUUUGAUCUGCUUCUCUUUAGGUUUUUAAUGAUUCCUCUACCUCAUGCUGCUGAUACCAUCAGCACACCACCACUGUUGGGUAAAAACACCAAAACUUUACAGGAGUUGAGAAAAGCAGCCUUCCUUCUCGAUAUACUUUCCAAUAUUGAAAUAUCAAGUGGCACAAUUUACCCAAAGUCAGUUUCUGAUUAUAAUUAGCUUGAAAUCCUCAGAAGGCUUUUAAAAAGGUUUGAUCAGCUCAAGCAGUUGGUAAUGUUUCUCGAUCCACGGAGAACGAUUGGAUCUCUCAACACCCAAAACUUUGAUCGGUGAAGAGCUCUUCGUUUUUAUUUAUCCAUCAGUUUUUUGUCUUUCACGCCUCGCAUGUUCAGAGAGUUUCAGGCUGGUAAACAGUAAAUGUAUUUGGUCAUGGUACCUGUAAACAUUAAAAUCUUAAAAAGGAA